AUGAAGGAAAACGCUGUACUUAAGUGGCAAAAAGUGUACAAUCCUACCGGACCGCAACCCCGUCCCAGACAUGGCCAUCGCGCGGUUGCCAUAAAGGAUUUGAUGAUAGUUUUCGGCGGCGGAAAUGAAGGAAUAGUUCAUGAGCUUCACGUCUUCAAUACCACUACAAACCAAUGGUUCGUGCCCGUUACUAAAGGUGAGGUGCCACCGGGAUGCGCCGCUUAUGGGUUUGUCGUGGACGGAACGCGCCUACUAGUUUUUGGCGGCAUGGUAGAGUACGGCAAGUAUUCUAACGACCUCUAUGAAUUACAAGCCUCUCGAUGGGAAUGGAAGCAUUUGAAACCUUUGCCGCCGAAGCAGGGACUUCCUCCAUGUCCUCGGUUGGGUCACAGCUUUACUCUACUUAACGGUAAAGUAUACCUUUUCGGAGGUCUGGCUAAUAAGAGCGACGAUCCUAAAAACAAUAUUCCUAGUUAUCUCAACGAUCUAUAUACACUUGAGCUAUAUCCGAAUUCGUCGAUGACAGUGUGGGAUAUUCCUCUAACAUAUGGUCAAUCACCACCCCCACGCGAGUCUCAUAGUGGCGUGGCUUACACAGAUAAAAUCACAGGAAAGUCUUCACUGAUAAUCUACGGUGGAAUGAGUGGUUCGCGUCUCGGAGAUCUCUGGGUCUUAGAUGUUGACAGCAUGUCAUGGUCUCGACCUGAGCUCCAUGGCAUUUCACCUCUGCCUCGCUCCUUACACACUGCUACUGUAAUUGGACACCAUAUGUAUGUCUAUGGAGGCUGGGUCCCUCUUGUUCCCGAUGAAUCCAAACUUGCCACUCAUGAGAAAGAGUGGAAAUGUACAAAUACCCUAGCUUCUCUCAACUUGGAAACUAUGACAUGGGAUGAUAUCUCUCUUGAUAAUUUUGUUGAAAGUGUACCGAGGGCCAGAGCUGGCCACAGUGCAGUAGCUAUACAAACAAGAUUAUAUAUUUGGUCAGGUAGAGAUGGAUACAGGAAAACAUGGAAUAACCAAAUUUGUUGUAAAGAUUUGUGGUACCUAGAAGUAGGAGUACCACCACAAGCUGGACGAGUGGCAUUGGUCAGAGCUGGAACAACCUCACUUGAAUUAUGCUGGCCAGCCAUGAAUACUGUGACAACAUAUCUGCUGCAAGUCCAAAAGUGUGGUAAAGUGACACCUGCCAGAUUUCCAUCCGCAUCUGAUCCAGUUACUGCUCCACCACCUGCAUCCCCCAUAGCCUCACAGCCAGAUGCAGCAAAAGCCUUUGGUCUUAUGUCACCCAUUUCAUCAUUACCUCCAACCGCUGCUGAGGUGCCUGCCCGUCCUACAGUCGCCGUCGCUUCGCCAGCUCCCACUACACCGCAAAAGGUUGUAUCAGGCUCCAUCAAAGUACCAACUCAAGCCACUGCAGUGAAGAUUGCCCCUAAUACUCCUAUGAAACCAUACGCCGGUAAAACUAUGGCUAAAUCACCGGCAGCAGGAUCAUCACAACAAAUAAAGGUAGCUGCAGUCACCCCCCAGGGCGUCACAAGAAUCGUCAGUGGAGUCGGCACUCCCGCUACGGUUCGAGUUUCGACGCCGCAGUCAAAUGCACAGAUAGUUCUCGGCUCACCUGCCGGAUCCAGCACACCCCGUUUCGUGCAGGUGAAGACAGGCACUAGCGGAGGCGUACCAGUGAAGCUGGGCACCGGUAAUACUGUAAAGUUGGCCGGAAACACCUUAAAAAUUGGCGCAAAUUUACAAGGAAAGCUAACUAACAGUGUUCAGAAAGUCACAACAUCUAAUGUACCCUUAAAACUGAGUGCAGGAAAUGUAAAAAUCGGUACCAGUAAUGUCCUAGUAAAAAGUGCGGGUGGAGUACCGAUUCAAGCCGGUGUGCAAGCUAAAAUAGCUAGCGGUGUGCCUGUUAAACUUGGAGCUGGCAAUUUACCUGUGAUCGGCAGCAGCGGUGGCACUAUUCAGAUAGCGACCAGUCCUCUCUCGGGACAAGGAGGCAAACAGCCCGUGUACAAGAUCGUAACAGCGAAAUCUGGGGAACAAGCCACGGUCGUGACAUCGGCGGCCGGUGGAGUCUCAGCAGGAGCGACAGUUUUGCGGCAGGCUGGCGGUAACGCCGGUAUUCCUGUCAUUAUUAAAAAGACCCCUGGAGCUAAUGCUCAAGCGAGCUCAUCACCCCAAUACGUAACAUUAGUCAAGACUUCCACAGGCAUGACGGUCGCUACGAUGCCCAAAAUGGCCAUGGUUCAAAACCGACCGGUGGUAUCGAGUGGGGCGCAGGCACAGGGAAUUGCUCCAGGUGCGACGUUCGUCAAGUUGGUGUCGGCCAACACGGUUGGGGGCAACAAAAUAAUAACUUUACCCUCAAACGUCCUUCAACUGGGAAAGUCUGGUGUGGGCAACAAGCAGACAAUAGUUAUCACAAAAUCAGGGACACAAGCACAGCAGGGACAACAGCAGUGA